AUGCCUUAUCAAAGGAAAAAUGUAGUUUCGGGUCUUGGUUCUCUAGCUCUUGUCUCCAAAGGAAAAAGUUCGAUUAAAGAAGAAGAGGAAUUAGAUCUUGCUGAUUUUGAUCUAACCGGCGAAGAAUAUGCAAAUGAUGGUGGUUCAAUCAACAGUGAUGAGUUUGGAGGUAUGGAAGUCUGGUCUACGUAUUCGGAGGAUGAUGAAGUUAGGAAGCCAACUCAUGGAAAAGCAAUGAUGGCAAAAGCAGAGCACUCAAUGGGAAGAUGCUUUGCAGUGACCAAAGAAGAUUUUGUAGACUGUUCUGAAUUAGCCAAAAAUGAACCCAAGUCCAAUAAGAACCUUAUUUUUGAAAACUCCGUUGAGUUUGCUCAUUCCUCUACCGACAAGUCCAAAGUUUUCAAAGCUAAAGCUAUUGUGUACCAAAAGGUUCAGACUACCCCAAAUCAACAACGCAGACGAGACGAAGAGUCUUUCUCAAAAAACCUCAUGGAGAGUGAAAGUUAUGUUAAGAAGUUAAGAGCAACCAAAGAUGCAUCACAAGACAUAUUUCCACAGAAUGGUAAGGUUACCAUCUCUAUCUCAAAUCUCUUUGACCAAUUCAUGCUCUUGUUUGAUGAGCCUCAGAAAGCAAUUGACUCAGAAUCAAUUGCAAAAGACAACAAAGUUGACAAUAUAAAACAAGUUAUAGAUGAUGCUGCUAGAAAAAUGGCUGAUGAUCAAUCCAAAGGAACCGAAAGAGCAGACCGAAGCGGACCUUCUAGUGACCAUCCUACUGUCGAGGGGGAGGGUUCUUCUCCUCAUUAUGAUCAAGGUUCUUCUUUCCAGGGGGAGGACUCAUCAACAAAUACAUCCACCUCCACUGAUAUUCCAACAAAUGAACGAGGUACAAAUGCUGGUCCUAAACAGGAAUCAUUCUUCGAUAGGGAGAAAACACAGCUGGUUCAAAGUAUACUCUCUUUGUCAAAGCACUCGGAAAUUUCAUGUGGGCGUUUCUGGACCAUUAUCACCAAGUGGGCAAUGGAUCGCAAUGGUGUCCCAAUUAUGGCGGAUUCCUUGCUUUCUUCCAUCGCCACCUUUCAUACGACGAAGAUCAUCGUCACUGAUCCUACCAAAUUCUCGUACAUUGGCUUUAUUCCUAAGACCAUGCUUGGUUCCAUCUCAGCAUCAAGCAAUCUUCUUCAGCAGUACAGGAAACGCAAGUCCGUUGGUCCACGUGAGCUUACUCCUACAAUGCUUCGUUCCAUUGAAGAAGCUGACAAACCAGCCAAAAAGGGCAAGAAACCUGAAUCGCAGAAGGAGGGACCGAAGAAGCCUGCUAGGAGACUUAUCCUUCAAUCCUCAAGCGAGUGGGAUUCAGAAUACGUUCCUCCUAAGCAGAAGAACGCUCCAUCUUCAGACUCUGAGAACAAAAGUUCUGAUGAAGAGGCUUUGGGCCGAGGGGAUACUCCACCUCGCUCCCCAACUCCAGAAAUUCAGGUUCGUUCUUUGCCUCCUUCACCUCCACCUGUUACAAUUCCUACUUCUAUCCCUCCUAUCUCUCAAACAACCACCUCUCAACCCUUGACUUCAAUACCUAUUCCCACUCCCAUUUUCACAGAUACAACCUCUACCACCACUACAAAACCUACCUUCAUUAUUCCCAAACCACCUGUAACCGAACCUACUUUUACAACCGAACCUCAUCUUACAACCGAAGCUCCCACUUCUUCAAAACCCUUAUCUCCAACACCUUCUACAGAAACAACCCUGAUUUUGGGCGGUGAGGACUUGGAGUUUGACUCCAUAUACUUCAGUCCUUAUCAAGUACAGAGUGAGGAUGAUGACGAUGAGCCUAUCACCAAACGUCAUCUCAAAGCGGUAAACGACAAGCUGGAUCAACUACUUUCCUCCUCUUCCUUAGGAGCUUAUUCAGAUGCUGCAUUAAACGCCUUGUUCUCUUAA